AUGGUGAUGUCAAAGAGCAGCAAGAUGCUCAACUACAUCAAUUACCGCAUGAAGGUGACGCUGCUGGACUCGCGGGUGCUCGUGGGGUACUUCAUGGCGUUCGACAAGCACAUGAAUCUGGUACUGGGCGACUGUGAAGAGUUUCGCACCCUGCGAGCCAAAGUCAAGUCGACGGUGUCGGAAGAGCGCGUGGAAAAGCGUCAUUUGGGACUCGUGCUGCUACGUGGAGAGAGCGUCGUGUCCCUGACGGUAGAAGGGCCCCCUCUGGCCAAGGAGAACGAGACUGUGGGACCGAAUGGACCAGGAGUCGCUCGUGCUGCUGGACGAGGCAUCCCGACGGCACCCAUGGGAGGGGCGUCACUUCCAAUGGGACUAAUGGCUCCUAUGCGUGGCAUUGGAGGGCCGCCCCCCGGGAUGAUGCAGCCCGGACAAGUGGCGGCAAUGGCACAGCCACAAGCAUACGGCCGAGGUCGCGGGAUGCCUGGUAUGCCCGGAGGUAUGCCUGGACUCCCUGGCGGCAUGAUGCCUCCUCCUCCUCGACCUAUGCCUGGCAUGGGAAUGCCACCUCCUGGUAUGGGCCCUCCACUUGGAAUGGGAAUGGGACCACCGCCGGGAAUGAUGCCUCCCGCAGGCAUGCGUGGUCCACCGGGUCCGCCGCCUGGCAUGCGAGGGCCACCGGGACAGUAG